AAGGGAGGAGCCUCCCACUAUCGAUUGCUAGCAGGUCACGCAACAGCCGACGUCGACCAUGCUCCGCACUACAUUUCCCAGCAGGCAGUGCCCCCCCCCAGCGCUCUCCCAGGGUGUACCGCGCCAGGUGCUGCGAGGUGUCGGAAGCGGCGCUUAUGGCUGGGAUGCUUGCUUGCGCUCGCCUCCGCUUCAUCCCAUCUUGUGUGAUCCGUGUCCGAAACAACGGUUCUCUGCGAUGGUGGAAAGGAGAUCCAGUCUCCUCCCGUUCCAUUGGAGUUCUUACGGUGCUGCCACCCUAUGGCUGGCAGGCUCCCAGUAGUCACGUGGCACGGCCCAGAGAGCUGGGUGUUUUGGCUCCUUCUCGAUGCCCCCCAGUACAGAAGCCUGGCACUGAAAGCACCAAUCAGUAUAGACUGAUUUACAGGUUUCCAUGGAUCAGGCACUGUAGAGUCCUUUCGAGGGCAAAGUUGCUGCAGACGGCCUUUACUUUCUUGAUCCUUCCACCAAUCUGGGUCCUUUACUGGCAGAGUCGAGUUACUCUGGAGCAAUGCUAUUACAGCACAGGCAUUGCUUGUUUUGCUGCCGUCAUGCUGUACGGCAUGAGCUUCUACCUCCGGCGGAUCAUCGGCAUGAUGUACCUGAACGAAGACGGCACGAUGUUGAAAGUAGCCCACUUGACAUUUUGGGGGAAAAGGAGAGAUAUGUACUGCCCAGUCGAAACUGUGAUGACCUUGGGAGACAGCGGCGAAGACAGCAAUGAACUUCUGCUGCCGUUCAAACAAUACGACAUAGACCACUUCUUAUAUUUUAGUCUGCGCUUUGGGCAGAUUGUGGACAGGGAGGGGUUUGCCAGAGUGUUCGGAGAACUCCAGUAAUCUUGGGAGCAAUGGAUUUCUGAACUGGUUCUCCCAGAUCCAGAAUAUUUUGUGUUCAGGAUGUGUGUUUGUAUUUAAAGGUGUUGCUCAGCUUGACGGUAAGGCUUCUGUCAGCGGGAUGGGGAGGGAGGCAAUUCUUGGCGGUUCUCGCUCCCCCUGUAGAUACCACUGUUCCAGAGGGUUGGGGGACCCUCCAGCUUAUGUCGAAAUAAAUAAAAUCUGCUAUAUAUUUUGGAAA